CAUAUGGCCGCUCUUCCACUAACUUUUCUAGCCCACGGCUGAAAGUAGCUCAAAGACAAUUCUGCACUGGAUGUGAAAAUCACCGCGAGAGAAGUUAGAAUAAAACAAAGGGAGACGAGCUGCCGCAAAGUUCCCAUCCAUCAUCUGUUUGGAUUGUACCUCUGUCUGCUGUUCGAGUGGCCUCUUUUGUUAUUAGGAGGUUCUACGCGUGUGCGCCUGCCAGCGAACGGGGACGUGUGAAUGUUUCUGUGUGUGAGCUGAGUAAGUUAAAGCCGGGUGAAUGUAUAGCAUGAUGAUGGAAACGGACUUGCAUUCUCCAGGAGCCCAGACUAACACAAACACGGGCCACACGGGACCCAACAGCAAAGUUAACCAAGACCGCGUCAAGAGACCCAUGAACGCGUUUAUGGUGUGGUCUCGGGGUCAGCGCAGAAAAAUGGCUCAGGAGAAUCCAAAGAUGCACAACUCGGAGAUCAGCAAGCGCCUCGGAGCGGAGUGGAAAGUCAUGUCCGAGGCGGAAAAGCGACCCUUCAUUGACGAGGCGAAAAGACUGCGCGCCAUGCACAUGAAGGAGCAUCCGGAUUACAAGUACCGACCCCGGAGGAAGACCAAGACUCUGCUCAAGAAGGACAAGUACUCUUUGGCGGGUGGCCUGCUCGCUGGAUCAGGAGGCGGAGGCGGCGUGGGGCUGGGAAUGGGUGCAGCGGGGGUCGGGCAGAGGUUAGAGAGUCCGGUGGGUCACGGCGGCAGCACCGCGGCGAGCUACGCGCACAUGAACGGCUGGACCAACGGCGCGUACUCAGGCCAGGUGGCGGCUGCCGCGGCUGCAGCCGCAAUGAUGCAGGAGGCUCAGCUCGCCUACAGUCAGCACCCAGGCAGCGGAGCGCAUCACCACCACGGGCACCACCACCAUCCGCACAACCCCCAGCCUAUGCACCGCUACGAAAUGACGGCUCUCCAGUACAGCCCCAUCUCAAACUCUCAGAGCUACAUGAGCGCCUCUCCGUCAGGCUAUGGGGGAAUAUCCUACACGCAACAUCAAAACUCCAGCGUGGCUUCAUCUGGGGCCAUCGGCUCGCUGGGCUCGCUGGUGAAAUCGGAGCCGAGCGUAAGCCCUCCCGUUACCGCUCACUCUCGAGCCCCUUGUCCCGGAGACUUGCGAGAGAUGAUAAGCAUGUAUUUACCGACGGCGGAGGCAGGGGACCCGUCCGUUCAGAGCAGACUUCACGCUGUACCGCAGCACUAUCAAAGUUCCACGACGAGCGUAAACGGAACCGUUCCACUGACACACAUAUGAAAAGAUUUGCAACUACGCAUUCAGACUCAAAUAACCAAAUAUGUACCUCUUUUAGAGAAUAACUACCUUUUUUUUGUACAGAAUGUCUGUUCUUGUAAAUUUGAAGGUGAUAUUAUUUAAAUAUAAUACUUAAACUGAAGGGUGUCCUGGGGAUGUUGUCUGAAUAAUUUGUCCGAAAUGACACCAUAUGCGUGAGCUUUACACAUUUGCGAGGGAUUAAAAUUCUUUGUGUGUGUGUGUGUGUGUGUGUGUGUGUGUGUGUGUGUGUGUGUGUGUGUGUGUGUGUGAGUGUGUUUGUGUGCGUGUGUGUAUGAGAGAGAUGGUACUAUGUUUGCGACAUGAAAAAGAGUGGGUGCUACAGUGUAUAGUCAAAAAACAAUGUUUUUAAAGUUUUCUAAGAUUUUUCUCUAUCCCACUUUGAUUUGUCAACACGUGAGUUGCUGUAUUUGCUCUAUUCCUUAUUUGUUUGUUGUAUUUUUUCCCUUGUACAUUGUGAAUAUAUUACAGAGAAGAUUGAUACACAAAUCUGUAAAUAUAAUUCGGAUUUGCCAGGAAAAAGAGGAAACGUUUUGCGUUGAUGUGAGAAGAAUAAAUUUGCUUUUGCUCUGA